UUUUUGGUUACAAAACUAGGUAGCAGAUAACGCCUUUUCAAAAUCUUCAAAACAUUUUCUUAAUCUCUUAAAAAUGGCCGGUGAAAAUGUAGUUACGGUUGAUGUCAGUGAAUUGCCAUUACCUCGGCUUACACAGUUUAAACAAGAACUAGAUAACCAAGUUGAAAUACUUGGAUCUUCGCUACAACAACUCAAAGUAGCACAGAAGAAAUACAGUGAUUCAAAAGAAUGUGUAGAGAAAAUGCAACACUUGAAGGAAGGAAAUACGAUGCUUGUUCCUCUAACUGAUUCUAUGUAUGUACCUGGACAAUUAGAUGACACAAAGAAAGUUUUAAUAGAUGUUGGAACUGGCUAUUAUGUUGAGAAGGAUUUAAAAGAUGCUAUUGAUUACUUUAAAAGAAAAGUUAAAUUUGUUACAACACAAAUUGAAAAAGUUCAACAGAUUAUGAAAGAAAAACUUAUAGCUAGAGAAGUUGUAAUUGAAACCAUGGAGAGCAAAAUCCAAGCAACAUUAGCCGCACAACAAGCUAAUUCAGCAGCCGCAAAAUCUUGAACCAUAAUGUAAUUGUUUUUUUUUUCUUUCUGCAUUCUUAUUGUAUUUCUCACUGAUUCGCUUGUUUAUUGUAUCAAUAAAUUGUUACAUAAUUCAAAA